AUGCUGAGCGAAACGGUCGGCUAUUUAGAAAGUCGAAGACUUGAAGACGUGAAUUUUCAAUAUGAAAUCAUAGUGGUAGAUGACGGAAGUACGGAUAAUACAUCAAUGACUGCCUUGGAAUUCGGUCAAAAAAACAAAAACAUAGACUUGAAAAUUUUAAAGUUGGAAAAGAACAGGAAAAAAGGCGGAGCCAUAACACAGUAUAUCCUUUUUGCGGAUGCGGAUGGAGCUACGAAAUUUUCCGACUUUGAGGCGUUGGAAGGGAAAUUAAACAAAAUCACCAACAAAGACGGGUUUGGAGUGGCCGUUGGAUCACGAGCCCAUCUAGUGAAAACCGAUGCAGUUGUAAAGAGAUCUUUUAUCCGCAAUUUUCUGAUGCAUUCUUUUCACAAAGUGCUAUACGUGCUAGGAAUUCGCGAGAUAGCGGAUACACAAUGCGGUUUUAAACUUUUCACGCGUAAAUCUGCUCUGCACAUCUUCGAUAAUAUACACGUGGAAGGUUGGAUUUUUGAUGUCGAAGUUCUUAUUAUUGCACAGUUUUUAAAGAUGCCAAUAGUUGAGAUGCCAGUCAACUGGCACGAAAUAGAAGGAUCUAAAGUAUCAUUGGUAAAAGAUUCCAUCCAGAUGGCUGUUGAUUUACUGAUCAUUCGAUUGAACUAUCUCCUUGGCUUUUGGAAAAUUCAUGAUCCCCUGUCAAGACCAAAACGUGAAUGA